GUGGAUGCCCUCGCAUUUUUGGCCUUACCCAUUGAAGAAAGAAGAAGCGUAAGAGGUUAUGUUAUGGCGAGGAACGAAUUUUUUAAAAUAGAACUGGAUUUGCCAUUUACUAAUAACAGGAUAGCUGAAAUUGUUUAUGAUGUCUUAAGAGUGGAUUUGGAACCAAAACGAAGUGGCGUGAUCAAGGAAUUGUGUCUUAAAAAUAAUAUUGUUAAAUUGUUUCUGCAAGCUCAGCUGGCCCGACAAAUGAGAGUAGCCAUAAAUAACUUUUUUGAAAAAGUUGAUUUAGUCAUUGAGACCAUCGAAAGUAUUGGGCCACCGACAACAGAUUCAUAUAAUCACUACUAAAUUAUGCCAG